AUGACGACGGCGAGGACGGCGGCGUGCGUGCUGGCGGCGUGGGUGCUCGUCGCCGCGGGUCUGGCCGACCUGGGCUCCGCCCGCGCGCCCCUGGGCAGCAAGCCGCAGCGGGAGUUCGACUACUUCGCGCUCUCCCUGCAGUGGCCCGGCACCAUCUGCGCCUCCACCCGCCACUGCUGCGCCACCAACGGCUGCUGCCGCUCGGAGCCGCUCCAGACGUUCACGAUCCACGGGCUAUGGCCGGACUACGACGACGGGACCUGGCCGUCGUGCUGCCGCCGCACCCAAUUCGACAUGGACAAGAUAUUGCCACUGAAGGAGGUGCUUGACAAGUACUGGCCGUCCCUCUACUGCUCCAAAUCUGGAACUUGCUUCAGCGGCAAGGGACUCUUCUGGGCUCACGAGUGGGAGAAGCAUGGAACUUGCUCUGCCCCUGUGGUUCAGGAUGAACUACAGUAUUUCACCAUUGCCCUUGACCUCUACUUCAAGUAUAACGUUACGGAAAUGCUGUCAAGUGGAGGGAUACAGGUUUCAAAUGGUAAGGAAUAUGCACUGAGCGAUGUCAUCGAUACCAUCAAACAUGCUUUUGGGGGAUCACCACAAAUUGUUUGCAAGAGUGGUUCAGUCCAAGAACUUAGGUUAUGCUUCGACAAAGAAUUGAAGCCUCGUGAUUGUCUUACUACUUCUUUGACGAUUGGAAGUGUAUCAAAAAGCAAGCACUGCCCACGGUACAUCACCUUGCCAACAUAUGAUCCCCUUGUGCUUGCCAAUUCAACUGUAGAGGUCAUGUCACAGUUCGAUGAAUUUGAGUUAUAUGGUGUUGUGCGGAAAGAAAUCUGGUACCGCCCUGACAUGUACUUCUAUCGAGACAUGCUAUACAUGCUAGCGAGGAACAAGAAAAUUAAUGAGACAAGGCAGGUCUGGGCGGAUCUCAAGUCUGAAGACGUGCUAUUUGAUCAGCACACUUAUGGCGACAUUGUGAGAGCCUUCUGUGAUGCUGGUUUGACUGAUCUUGCAAUGGAAAUCUACGAGGACAUGAGGAGCUCCCCCGACCCUCCUCUAUCGUUGCCGUUCCGUGUUAUCCUGAAAGGGUUGGUUCCAUACCCUGAACUGAGGGAGAAGAUAAAGCAGGAUUUUCUUGAGCUUUUCCCAGAUAUGAUUGUAUAUGAUCCACCAGAUACCUUAUCUGAUAUAGAUGAAGAAUUCAAGUUUUGA